AUGAAGGACUCUCAUAGAAUAUUCACUUCUUUUCUAGGGUUUGGGCUACUUAAUAAUAUUUUAUAUGUGGUAAUAUUAUCAGCAGCAGUUGAUUUAGUAGGAUCACAAACUCCCAAAGCGGUAGUAUUAUUAUCGGAUAUAUUACCUGCGUUUUUACUAAAACUUGCGGCUCCGUUUUUCAUUCAUUUAAUUCCUUAUAAGACCAGAUUAUGGUUAUUAGUAGGUUUAUCCAUGACGGGAAUGUUCAUAAUCAGCUUGGUAGAUCAUAUAAAGUUCAAGAUUUUCGGAAUUUGUAUGGCAUCAUUGAGUUCAGGAUUAGGUGAAUUAACUUUUCUCCAAUUAACUCACUAUUAUGAUGAAUUACAUUCAAUUGGUGGAUUCUCCUCGGGUACAGGGGUUGCUGGAUUAGGAGGAAGUUUCCUAUUUAUGUUGUUGACCAACAUUAUGGGAGUAUCCAUAUCAUGGACUUUACUUCUAUUCUCAGUCUUACCCCUUGGAUUUAUUAUCCUUUACUACUUAUUAUUACCUCCAAUGGCUGAGGAAAUACGUUAUGAAGCUUUAGAUGAUUACGAAUUAACGUCACAUUCCUUCAAAAACCAUUUUUUCACUAUUCUUGAUCAAAUCAGACCUUUGUUGAGACCUUAUAUGAUACCUUUAUGCACAGUCUACAUUUCAGAAUACGUUAUAAAUCAAGGGGUUAGUCCCACAUUACUUUUUCCCUUGGAAGAAUUACCACGUUGGCUUUUCAAGAGCUUUAGAGAUAUUUAUGUGGUGUAUGGAUUUUUAUACCAAUUGGGAGUGUUCAUAUCUCGUUCGUCUAUAAAUUUUGGUUUCAGAUUCAAAAAUCUUUAUUUACUAAGCAUUCUUCAAUUCAUCAAUGUUCUUAUUACCAUCACCCAAUCAGUUUAUUUCUGGCCAUUUCCUAAAAUAUGGUUCCUUCUCGUUCUCAUCUUAUAUGAAGGGUUGUUAGGAGGAUUAUCUUACGUAAAUACAUUCUAUUCUGUCAGUGAAGAAAGCUCCAAAAAUAAAAGAGAAUUCAAUAUGGGAUGUGUUGGGAUGAGUGAUAGUUUAGGUAUUGUAAUAGCUGGGUUAAUCAAUUAUAAUUUGGAGAGAAGCUUAUGUAAUGCCCAAAUUUCUAGAGGUAGAGAUUGGUGUCAAAGAACUAAAUAA